UUUUUACUUUGUGGCUCCUGCGCGCUGCAGACUCUCCCCCCCCCUCGGCACAGGUUCACCGGCGGUGGAGCCCUCUCACAUGUCGUGUUAUUCCUUCUGAGCUGAAAUCGAAGUUCGGAAUUACUGCAUUUUUUUUUUUUUUUUGUCAAAGUGAGUGCACCCUCGCUGACUGCAUGAAAAAGCAGUGGACUUCUGGAGCUCUGUGAAGAGACCGUUCCGCCGUUUAAAAACAUGACCGCCGAGGCGCAUUCACAUUUGGGACUGCAGAAACCUCCCAUGGAUUUCGUCAGCGAUUUCGACCUCAUGAAGUUCGGUGUCAAGAAGGAAGCGAUGCAGGGGGUGGACCGCUCCUUCAUCGGGCCGUGCAACCAGCUCCAGCGGCCGGACUCUGUCUCCUCUACCCCGGGCAGCACCCCGUGCACCUCGGUGCCCUCCUCACCGAACCUCAAUCCAAACGAGCAGAGAAAUAACCCCGGGGCCGAGCAGUUCUGGAUACCCAACAACGGGGGGUACCCCCAGCAGAUGUACCCACAAGCGUUCGGGCUCACACCCGAGGACGCAGUGGAGGCCCUCAUCGGCGCCACGGCGCAGCAGGGACACCCGGCAGCGCCCCACGGCCACCACCAGCCCCCUUUCCAAGCCGAAUACGAAGGGUACGGCCACCUGAACGAGUCUGUGCAGCACUACCCGGGGCUGUCAGGGCACCCCGACAUGCAGGGUAUACCCAGCAGCCUCUGCCAAGACCCCUAUCUCAAAGACGAGCUGGAGGGCGACGACCCCGACUCGGCCGACGAGCAGGAGCUCUACGGUGCGCACCAUCACCUCCAGCAGCCGCACAGCCGCCACGACAGGCGGUCCAACGCCGACUCCCACUUCUCCGACGACCAGCUGGUGUCCAUGUCCGUCAGGGAGCUGAACCGGCUCCUCAGGGGCCUGGGCAAGGACGAGGUGAUGCGUCUGAAGCAGAAGCGCCGGACCCUGAAAAACAGAGGUUACGCACAGUCCUGCCGCUACAAGCGCGUCCAGCAGAAACACGUCCUGGAGCAUGAGAAGACCAGCCUGGUGUCACAGGUCGAGCAGCUCAAACACGAACUCAACAGACUGAUCCGGGAGAGGGACGCAUACAAAAUGAAAUGUGAGAAACUGUCCGGUGCCAACUGCUACCACGAAACAGGGUCCACCAGUGACAACCCUUCCUCACCCGAGUAUUUAAUGUGAGUUGGUUCCUUUCCUGCAGAACUGAGAGUUUUCCACAGGGAGGCAUUUCGGGUGGCAGCUGCCCUGCUCCUUGACAAACAGCCCCGUGGAUACAUCGAGUUUUAAUUCAUGUUGGACAAAAAGGCUGCCACUGAAAUAAUUGUAGCCUCAUAGAUACAACCAGGCAACAAGGUCUGAAUAGUACAUUAGUAUGAAGCAUGCAUGCAGGACAUGUAUGAGAUGUUUUUAUUUUACACAGACAUAUCUGCAGUUUGUCUGAAAGGAGAUACUUGAAAUCAGAGAAUAUUCCCUUUUAUGAAUAUAUGAAUUUAAUCAUUAAGCUUCGGUUACAGCUCAAAUUUUGUUUUGGUGAUUUUUCUUUUUGUUGCUUUGCUUGGUUUUUGAAGCUCCAAUUAUAUUUUGUGUUCAGCUUCCUCUAAAAUAGAAAACAUCUCAAAAAAACGACUGAUGCUAGAAAUGACGUUCAUAUUAUUUUUAUGAAACUGAUUCUGCUGGACAGAGACUGUGUUCCUUGUUGACUUUUCUUUUAAAUAUGAUAUACAAUUAUGUAAAUUGUUUUUCAUUCACUGUUUUUUCAUUUACUAUGGAUCAAUAAACCUAUUGUGACUUUUUAA